AUGGUUGUUCGAGACUUUUCUUUCUUGCAUGUUCGAUUCCCACCCUAACGCCAUCAUCACAGACCAAUGUCAGGCCAUGCAAAACGCGAUAAGUCAAGUUUUUCCAAAUGCACGUCAUUGUUGGUGUUUAUGGCAUAUCAUGAAUAAAGUUCCUGACAAGUUUAAGAGUUACGACCUGUAUAAGCCCAUUAAAAAAUCCCUCAAGAAUGCUGUAUAUGAUUCCUUGAAUCCAGAGGAGUUUGAACAAAAUUGGGCAAAUCUCAUCCAACAAUUUGAUCUACAGAGCAAUGAUUGGCUAGCUGGAUUGUACGAGGGGAGGCACCGAUGGAUACCGGCAUUUCUUAAGGAUAUCUUUUGGGCGGGGAUGUCAACAACCCAACGAAGCGAGAGCAUGAAUUCCUUCUUUGAUGGCUACAUCCAUUCCAAUACCACCUUGAAGGAAUUUGUGGAGCAAUAUGACAAUGCCUUACGUAAGAAGGUGCAAAAAGAAGAUGAGGCAAACGCCCAUUCCUUGAAUGUUCGAAUUCAGAAGGUGUCGCCUUAUAAGUUUGAGGACCAAUUUCAGCAAGCAUACACAAUUGCGAAAUGCAAGGAAUUCCAAGAACAAGUAGCCUUAAAGAUUGGGUGCAAUUUGACUACUGGACCGGUAGUAAAUGGUAUUUCAGAGUUUCACAUUGAACAAGACAUUCUAGUUGGAAAGAAAAAAGAUAGAUCUAAAACUUGUACUUUUCUUGUUCAUUUUAAUGAGGAGUCAAGAGAAACUAAUUGCAAUUGUCGGUUGUUCGAGAGUAGGGGGAUGGUGUGCACGCAUAUGAUCUCGGUUUGAUCAAAAAAGAAGCUUGAAGUAGUACCUGAUAAAUACAUUCUACGACGAUGGAGCAAAAACUUGGUAAGGAGUCACACAAAAAUUAAGGUCAGUUAUGUAAAUUGGACAUGCAAGCCCGAAUUUGUUCGCUAUGACAGUUUGUUGAAGCUAUUCAAUGAGGCCGCUGAUAAGGCCAUGUAUUCAAUUGCGAAGACGGAUAGGAUGGCGGCUAGGUUGCGAGAUAUUAAAGCUGAGAAUGACGUAGACGAUGAGGAAUGUGUAAGCAAUAUGCCUACAGUUGAAGAUGCAGAAAUUGAUAUGGAAAGUGUCCAAGAUAAAUCAAUUACCCUCGGCGAUCCAAGUAAAGGUCCUCGGAGAGGGCGACCGCCGACUAAGAGGAAGCAAUCAAUGACUGAACAAAUUAUUAGGAAGAAUAUGAAAUCAAACAAAAGGGUCCAAUGUAGUCGCGCCAAUGCAAAGAGUAUACCGGAUGUGGAAGACCAUACUCAUGCUAUGGGAUUUGACGGGAUUGUCACGCAAGAGGGUGGAGUCGUUACUUCAUCUCAGGGAAGUGUAGGAUAUCUCGGUACGUGGAACUAUGACCUUAAUGAAUCUCCAUUUGAUUUGGGACAUGAUUAUAGGUUGGAAUGAUACUCUUGAGAUACUACUGAUGCUGCUUUUUGAUGGAAUAAUGCUGUUUUUUGGUGCCUUAUUCACUUGAGAUACUACUGAUGCUUUUUGAUGGAAUGAUGCUGUUUUUUGGUGCCUCAUUCACUUGAUUACUAAUGCUGCAUUUUUAUGGAAUGAUGCUAUUUUUUGGUGCCUCAUUCCCAUGUCCUUCUUGGGAGGCAAGGAGUUGGAGCUUUUUAGUUCACUUGUAUAUUAUGUUAGUUGUGGAGGAAAACCUUGCUAUGAAUUUAUGACUGCUUGUAUAUCAGAAUUGCAAUUUUUUGUACAUGUAAUUGCAGUUUUUUUUUUUGCUUGGAAUGCAACUUCCAUUCCCAUGUAUUUGUCCCAUGCUUUGGUUCAUUCAACAAGCUUAGUUUGUAUCCGUGUCGUGUCGUGUCCUAUGGAGUUUGUGGCACAUAAUGAAAGCUUGAACGUUUUCCUUUUCCUUCCCAAUUUAUUAAUUUGGACCAGGCCAAAUUUGUAUGGCACAUGAGGAAAGUCCUUGCCCAUGUGCCUCACAUAGGGGAUAGAUUAGCUUCUCUUUAUAAGAAUGGAUCAGUUCAUUGUUCCAAGUUUCUGCAUUGUACUUCUUUGGUCUGAUAGAUUUUGGAGGAGCAACUUGCUAU